GAUACGAGGGCAGGAAAGGUUUCUGACUCUUCCCCUACAGAGGCUGGAUAAUUCUUACUACCUGUUUUGCUUCCCUUGGCACUUUAUUUCAACUGCACCUUCUUUUUUCCAAACCAUCACUUCAAUUGAUCAACUCAUUGGCUUUGAGUUUCAGAAUUAAAUAUUCAUAUCUUUGAGACCUCCACUGACUUUGAGCAGAUUCCCUAGUCAGGUAGCCAUAUCUUGACCGGCUGUUCUGGGGGUUAAAAAUUUCAUCCAGGUUAGAAGUUGUUCAGUAAACAACAGUGACAGGAAUCUAGUUGUAAGGCGCUUCCCGUUUGAAGUCUCAUGCCAUCUUCAUUGGCCUUCGUAGCAAAGUACAUUGGACAAGUUCACUGGUAAUGCAUCGUUAUUACAGACAGAGGGAAACUGAGCUUGGGACCAUCUGAAUCUUUACAUCAGUAGGCCCUCUGCUUCUGUAUGUCCGACUGCUGUGACCACAACCCUGACUGAUGGAUACUUCUUGUUCCAAGGGGCAGGUAUGAGCUGGCAUCUCAGUGACUAAUGGGCAAGUGCAAACUGCUGCUGGUCAAGGUCUCUGAAGAGCUUUAUGCCAGUGGGUGGCUCAGGGCACUCAAUCCCAAGGGCAAAGGAGCCAUAUUUUUGUGGUAUCCUCCCUUGCUGCUGAAAGAUUGAGGCCAAGCACUGCAGUAAAACCUUCCAGAUUUAUUAGUAGUCAGAAGGAGGAAUGUUUCUAAUGGGGAAAUGUUAAUGUCUUUUUAACCUUUUGGGAACGAUGAAGGCAGCCUGCUGAGCAGCCUAUUUUUAACAGACUUUGCCCUUUUCAAAGCACGUCAUUUUUGAACGGUUCACAGGAAAGGCUAACAGCUUCUGCCAGCAUCCCAUUUUUAAAAACCAGGCUCUGUAAAAGCUGGGCCAUACAAAUGCAUUUUCUGUAGGCAUUGUUCCCAUGCUGUGCUGUGUGUCCUGAUGGAAAAGGCAGCCUGAGUGAAACAUCACUCAUCAAAUCCCCUCCAAGGCGCUGGGUUCGAAUUUGACUAUGGCCGAAUGAAGCAAGUCAAGAGUACGGCCCCUUGCAGACAAACGGUUUAUGAAUGUUGGGGAUCGGACACAAGAACUGCCAUUUACUGGGUCAGACCAGAGGUCCAUCUUGCUUUGCGUCUUGCGUCGCACAAAGGCAGACGGAGGACGUGGGAAGGGAGAGCGAACAGGGUCUGACGAGGGUUUUUCCCCUCACAGCCUCCAGCAUUGGCAGUCUAGGAAGGUCCGAUUCAGACGCUGCCCCCCGAACUCCCACGUUCAAUAGCUGCUCUUGCACCUUUCCUCCAAGACUUUAAUUACACCUUCGGUGCAAAAGAUCUUUCUUUGGUUCAUUUUACGCGAUCAUUUCACGUGUGGCACUUGCUCGGAUGCAAGGGCACGAGAAGGCCCUUCCCAGCAGCAGGUCUUGGACCGAAGACGAGUUUCUGGACAGCCAAUUCCAGGAUCCUUCACGCGGCGUAAGGCCGGGCCGGCGCUCUGGGUCCAGCGGCUCGUCCGAGGCUUCUCCCAGCUCUGCGGUGGGCCAAGGAAAGCUGGCACGAGCUAGACCCUCCUGGCCGCGAUGCCCCUGCUAUUCCCAACGAGGUCGGUCCUCAGGCGCGGCGUGGGACUCGCUGUAGCGUCUCAGCUGCCCCGCCAGCCCCGUCGUCUUCCUCGGGCGACAGGGGGAGACAGCAAGGAGCCCAUCCCGCGUCUCUGAGCGCAGGGGGGCACAGCCAGGAGCUGGCACCGUCCCUGUUCCCUCCACCCUGGGACGCCUUGCGGGUCCGUGGCUGUGGUCACGCUAAGGCAGAUCGGGGGCUGCCCUGAGCUGUGAGAGUGGGGAGAAGGGGUCAAGAGCCAAUGACCCCCUCUCCUCCCCCCUGGGCUUGGGCCUGCCAUGAGGGGCACGACCUUCCUCCAGCCCUCCCACGCACGUGGUUGGGGGGGGAUCUGAUUCAACCCGGAACCUCGCGCAGCGGAACCGCGUCCCGCCCGGACCCUUCCGGGGGCGGACCCGGCGGCCGGAAGUGCGCGGCGAAAGGCUUCCCCGGCUUCCGGGAUGUUCGCGGCGGCAGCCCAGAGUCUCCUGCGGCAGGCCCGGGAUGCGCGGCCCGAGGAGCUGCGGGCGCUGGGGGCCCGCGCCGCCGUCCUGCUGCAGCAGCCGGAGCCGGGCGCCGAGGCCGCGGACUGUCUGCGCCGGAUCCUGCUCGUCGUCGCCGCCACCAAGCGCCACCGGAAGUUGGACGACAAGUUUGUGGACGUGUUGGAGCGGGCGCUGUGUCUGCCCAAAUGCCCCCCGCAAAUUCAGGUCUUGUGCGCCGCCAUCCUGAGAGAGAUGUCACCGUCCAACAAGCUGAGCCUGUCCUGCCACGAGAUCCAGGAAACAAAGCUCUUGAGCACCGUGGGCGCCAUCCUGUUGGCCCAGGGAAAUAAAAAGGCUGCAGCCUCGGCUGUGGGACAGCGAGUCAUCAAAGUCCUUGAAGGGCGACUGCCUGAGGGGCAGAGUUCACGGCACCUUCUUCCUCUCCUGUCUCAGGUUAUCAGUGUCUUUCCAGCAAGCCUGACGGAAGAUCAGACCAACGUGGUCAACAAAAGGAUGGUCGACUGGCUGCGAUAUGCAAGCGUUCAGCAAGGAGUUGCCCAGCCCUCGGGAGGUUUCUUCUCCACCCCCAGAACAAGGCAGCCCGGCCCCGUUACAGAGGUAGAUGGCUCCAUUGCCACUGACUUCUUCACGGUGCUGUCGCUCGGCCAGCAUUACACGGAGGACCAGUGGCUCAACAUGCAGGCCUUUUCCAUGCUGCGCAAGUGGCUGCUCUGCUACGGGGGCGAGGGAGCCAGCAGCCCCAGUUCAGAUGACCGAUCAGAAGUGGACGGGUCCGUCAUGUCCAUGGUCUCUGCCACCUCCACAUCCAGUCGCCUGCUGCCCCCAAAGGAGCGACUGAGGGAGAAGGCCUUCGAGUACUGCCAGCGGCUCGUUGAGCAGAGCAACCGGCGGGCCCUGAGGAAGCCGGAUGGGGACCUGCAGAAGGCCUGUCUCAUCGAGGCGGUCACCAUCAUGGACAUCAUCUGCCGGCAGGAUUCCUCCUACGUGUACCGAACGCUCUCCUGCCUGAAGAUCCUGCAUGGCAGGAUCAGCCGGGACUUGGCCUAUGCCCGGGCCCUGCUGCCCAUCGCUCAGUUCUUCCUGAACCACAGUGAGACAGCAGCGGUGGACUCAGAGGCUGUGUACAAGCACUUGUUCACCAGGAUCCCUGCGCAGCUCUUCCACAGCCCCAUGCUGGCCUUCGAGUUCAUCCAGUUCUGCAGGGACAACCUGGGAGUCUUCACCGAGAACUUCAGCAUCUUCAGGCAGAGUUUUCCCAACCUCUUUAAGUUCCUGGCCUGGAACAGCCCAUCUCUUAUCUUGGAGUUUAUGGACCUGCUGCCAGCUCUGCUGGGCCCAGACACUGCUAUCGAGAUGCUCCACUUGUUGCUCGAUCUGCCCUGCUUGGCUGCUGCUCUGGACGUCCAACUGAGGUCAGCCUCUGCUUCCGCCUCUGAGAGAGCUGCCUGUGACCCUGCUGCGAAGCCCACCAGCUGUCUGGAAGCCUUUCGACACCCGCUUUACCGGAGCUCGUUCCAGUACCUGCUCCGCACUGAGGCAGCCCCUGGAGACUCUCCGGAGAGGCUGGCACCGCUGCGACAGCUGCUAGGGUCCGUGGCCAACAGCCCACGGGUCGUCCAGUGCGCGGAGACUGUCCCUGUCCUGCUGCAGCUCUUCUUCAACACGGCAGCUGAGUUCGCAGACAAGCCCCUGAUAAACCAGCUAGUGCUGGUGUUGCUGGAGAGGAGUGACCAGCUCUACGAGCUCCCUGCCUUCAAGGUUGACGUGCACAGAGUGUUGAGCUCCCAGCUGCUGCUGCUGUGCAGGCUACGUCCCUCACUCGUGGUGGAGCUGUCUAAGGAGCUGCUGGAGUUCUCGGGGACCGUUGGCAACAUCCAGAACAAGGAGGAUGUCUACACCUAUGUGGUGUGGGCUAUCGGCGAGUACAUGUCGGUGUCGUACGACAAGCGGUGCACGGUGGAGCAGAUCAACAGGUUUUUCGAGGCACUGGAGGCUAUGCUCUUUGAGAUCACUCAGCUCCGACCCGCAGCCAGCGGCCCCCCAUCCUCACCCCGCGUCAUCGCUGUCCUCAUGACCGCCCUGACCAAGCUGGCUUCGCGCAGCCAGGACCUGAUCCCCAGGGUGUCCCUGUUUCUGUCCAAGAUGAGAGCCUUUGUGCAGCACCCGGCCACGGCCUCCGUAUACAGUGAGCAGGACAGCGAGGAGAUCCUGACCCGCGCCACUGAGCUCACCAACCUGCUGAAGAUGCCCAGCGUGGCUCAGUUUGUGCUGACGCCGACAGCGGAGGUGGCUGGUGCCCAGUCCCAGAGAGACACCCACGCAGCCCUGCCCGCCGCCAUGAAGAUGGUCAGCCGGUUCAUGGAGCGGGGGGCUGGCUUUGUGCCAGGGUGAGGGGACAGGGUGGAGAGGACCAGGCUGGCCUGGGUCCCUGUUGACUGAGCUACUGGCUUAACUGGACACGGGGAAGGGUGAGGGCUGAGACUGCCCUGAGCAGGGCUUCUGGGAUGGAGGGAAUAAACAGUGAAGAGAA